CAGCAAUCAAAAAGCUAAAGUCUUCGCUGUUUCUCUGAAAGACAGAAGUUCAAUUCUUCCUGCCGGACACGCUGCAAAUGGCGCUUUUUGGUUUGAUGAUGCAACGGGUGAUUUUAUCUCCUCAAGCUGGUACAUGAAAGAAUUGCCACAAUGGUUGCAGACUUUCAAUGCAAAAAAACUUAGUAAAGUUUAUUUAGAAAAAGGAUGGAACACCCUUUAUCCUAUUGCGACUUACACGAAUUCGAUAGAUGAUUAUAACCGUUACGAAGGCUCGCCGGUAAAGGACUCCGCCAUCUUUCCCUAUAGCUACAACAAACAGAUUUUAAAAAAUAGUUGGGGAGUUAUUAAGGGAAUGCCAGCCGGGAAUACUUUGACAAAAGAUCUUGCUAUUGCUUGUCUUAUAAAUGAAAAAUUAGGAAAGGGUUCUGAAACAGACAUGUUGUGCAUCAGCUUUUCAAGUACUGAUUAUGUUGGACAUUAUUUUGGUCUGCGUGCCAUUGAAACAGAGGAUGUUUACCUUCAACUCGAUAAAGAUUUAGAAGAGCUUUUGAACACACUGGAUAAAGAACUUGGAAAAAAUAAUUAUACUAUUUUUUUAAGUGCAGAUCAUGGCGGCGCGGACGUUCCGAAUGAGCUAAUAGACAAUAAAAUUCCUGCAGGUUAUAAGCAUAUUCUUCUUCGGCUCUUAAAAAUGCUUCUUAUGAAAAAAAUGAUUUUCGUGCUCUUUUGCAAAAUGGCUACAAUCAUAAGUUGA